AUGGAAACGCUGUCCGCCUUGCUUGCUGAACUAGAAUCUACGACGGGACUUGGCCCGUACCAACUCCUCCUCGGCUCGCUCACAAGCCUCUACAUCGCCCUCCGCCUCCUCCGCCCACGCCGCCCGCGCUUGAAAAGGCUGCCCCCCGCUCGGGAGCGCGUGCUCAUUCUCGGCGCGUCGAGCGGCAUCGGGCGCGCGAUCGCGCACGAGUACGCCGCGCGCGGGGCCCGCGUGUGCGUCGUCGGCCGCCGCGAGCGGCAGCUGGGCGGGGUCGUGGAGGAGUGCACCGCGCUCUUCCGCGGGGGCGCCACGGGCGAGGCGUGGUCGUUCCGCGGGGACUUUGGGGACGCGGAGGACAUGGUCGAGCUGCGAGACCAGCUGGAGAAGCGGUGGGGCGGUCUGGACACGCUCGUGGUGUCCGCCGGGGUGUCCGCUCUCCGGCCGUUGCUGGAAGUAGCCGGGCUCGAGAGGAGACACGGCGCGUUCGACCCCCCACAAGUGUCCGUCGAGGGCGUCAAGCACACCGCGCAAGUCGCAACCAAGGCGAUGGAAGCCAACUUCCUCGGCCCUCUCGUCUCCGCCGUCACUUUCAUCCCUCUUCUCUCCCAGACCUCCCCCACGCCCGCGAUCUGCCAAAUCUCGUCGCUCGCCGCGCUCUGCCCCGCGCCGACGCGUUCGCUCUACUGCGCCACCAAGUCCGCCGCGCUCCUCCUCUACCAGGCGCUCGCGAUCGAGCACCCGGACGUCGCGUUCACGAACGUCAUCCCGAGCACCGUCGCCGGCGACUUCCGCGCGUCCGCGGUCGACGGCGGCGCCGUGCGCGAGCUCGACCCGAACGUGCACGGCCUCAAGGUCGUCGACGUCGCGCGCCGGGCGGUGCGCGCGAUAGACGGGGCGGAGCGGUACGUGCUCAUGCCGUACGCGUUCUCGCGCUUCGGGCACUUUGGCUACUGGCCCUUCCCCGCGGCCGUGGAGCGCAUGGCGGCGCGGAAGUACAACUUCACCGCGCCAUGA